AUUAAAGAGUUCAUUGUGUUAUCUGACGCUGUACAUAGGAGCAGGGCAUCUUGCUCUAAUAUCACAUCAGGGAGGGUCUAGUUAUAUAGCAGGAGACUCUAAGUGUAGGGAUCUAAUUUUAUCAUUCUGCCUGUUGGAAUUUUCGCUGCUUGACUCGCUUUUGCCCAUCCAUACGUUGUAAUGUUAGCCGCGGAAUUGACACCCGGAAUAAUUGGAUAUCAAGAUUCUAUAAGCAAGGCCAGCGCAAAAAUUCCAAUAGAACUUCGCGCAGAGGAGAAGUUACAGCAAGACGAGCUGGAGAGGUUUCACCAGGAGAGGGAGGCCAAUAAACGUGAUGAAUAUGUUUUUCGUCUCCGUCUGUUAGCUUUGUUGGACAAUGAAAACAAGGAAAUAAGUGAUAAAAUCUCGUCCAUCCGUUAUCGAGGUGAUCUCAUAUUGAUCUGUAAUCAUCUGGAGGAGCUCCAUCAACUCCUCAAACUGAAACUUUAUAAGAAACGGUUCGGCUUUCUAGCCGCAAGAGAUUGUCGACUCCCAAGAAAGAUUAAAGGUCCACACUUGCAGAUGGGGACUGGUGAAAGAGCUGAAUUAAAUCAAAAUAAAUGGGAUGAUGUAAUUGACAUCUGCAUUAUUCGCAAAUUCCAUCAGCUACAGACAAUGCUCAAUGGAUUUAUAUCAAACCACAAUGAGCAGAGCUACGUCUUUCACUGGGAUAUGAAGUUGCAAGCCAUAGAAACCAUCUUCCUCAUGGGUCCAUUGAAGGUAUGCCAAAACCUUCAUUACAUGGCAUAG